AUGUCAGACAGCCCGUCUAAGCGACCGAUCGCCGGUCAAGCAAGCGGCUCCUCGCCACGAGCAUCAGGCCUGAGUCAACAGCGCCCUGUUGACAAGAUGCCUGGACCGCCUGGACCGCUCGUCCUGUCUCAGAGCAACGUUAACAUUUUACAGCACGAGCAAGCUGGACUGAUGGGACCGCCCCGGUCGCCAUUGUCAAGACAGCGCAAUCUCGUCAAUGCGCCGCCGCCGCUCGUCUACCCUGUCUCCAUGAACGGCACAACGACAUCACGACCUCAAACCCCGAGGGAGCCACAGAUGCCUGGCUCGCAUCUGCUAUCACCGCAUCGGCAAUCGAUAACAGAAGCUAAUCUCAGGAAUGGCAUCGGAGACGAGUCCAUGCUCUUCAGAUCACGUCCUAAGCGUGGCGUUUCCACGUCCUCGUCUGCGUCCGUCUCGACCAACGUCUCCGCUGUCAGCUCGCGCAAUAACACUAGCAAGAGCCGCAUUCGUUUAGCGACCCAAAUCGAGCACACGGACAGUACCGGCGCAGGCCGACUUGGCGGACGGUCGAGGCGGCCUUCGCUCGUCAGUUUGCAGAGCUUCGCUGAAGGUGUGGCGCAUGUCGCUCGCGUUCGCUCACCGUCUUUGCUGGGUCAUUCGCGUGCGUCUAGCCAGCAAGCAUCGACUGCAGUCUCGCUCGUCUCUUCGGCUGCAAAUUCGCCACGUCGUCUUGCAGGCAGACCAGAUCUGACAAGCUCGCCCUCUUCUGCUGCAUCCUCACGUCGUGAGAGCCUGGAUCUGUCGAGGCGUCUCAAUCUAUCUGGUCUGCAUCAUGAACGCGAGCAGACCGCUCGGAUCGACGAUGUGCAGGGCGAACAAACGCCUGCCGCUCGACAUUGGAAAUGGCUCGAGACGCGACAGGAUCAAGAGCCGGGCGAUGAGCAAUCGAGCGGCGAAGAUGACCAUCUUUUCGGCAAGACACCUCAUGCAUACAGUACGAGCACUCUCGGUGUCACACCGAGACCAAGCAACAUGUUCGCCAUGUCCGGCAUGACCUCCCCGCUACCUCAAAGAUCUCAUCGUGCAACCUCAAUCAGCUCUGCUGCCUCGUCACAAGCCUCGAGCAUACCGUCCUGGCACGAGGAAGCAGCUCGAGAGCGAGCCGACUCGAUUUCUUUUUUCGAUUUGGAACUAGAUCAUAUGUCAAUGGCAUCUUCGAAUCGCUCGCGUCUGCGCUCUCCCGUCGGCAUGAGCGACGGCGAGAAGUCUGCGCGCCACGACAAUUUCCGCUACACGCCCGGUCUGUCGACAUCGCCAAAGGUGAGUGAUACAGAAGAACCCUACCUUGACGAAGACGCGCCGCUCGGUUUUGAUGGCGAGCCUGACUUCAACGUCUUUGGCGAAGGCGAUCGACUCGGACUUGGGACGAUGCAUGAAGGUCAGCUAGUGGUCGAUCUGUUUGCAUCCGAUAUCACGCUGCCUUCGCCUUCUGCGCACUCUCGCGUGGAUUCGCCCGGCCUGGCAGACAACCUCGGUGGCGAUUUCGGUGGCGACUUCCAGCUAGAGAUCAUUCGACAACUAGGCUAUGGAUCUUAUGCUGUGGUCUAUCUUGCUCGACAGGUUUUGUACGACGCACCAGAGGAUGCCGCUUUCGCUACAGACGAUCACAGCGUCAGGGGCACUGUGUACGGCAAAGAAUUUGCACUCAAGUGUCUCUGCAAGAAGAAUUUGUCGGACGACUUACUCGAAGUACAGAAAUUUGAAGCUACGCUACAUCGCUCCUUGCCUGCACAUCCCAACAUUGCCGCGCUUCACCGAGCCUUCGCCACGCCCUCGUGGCUCUUCCUUGUCAUGGAGUACUGCACCGGUCAAGAUCUGUUCUACUGGCUCGAGCAAGCGCGUGACACGCAAGACCUCGGGCUGGCUUCGCCCGCACUCAGCUCGCCGACGCAGAAACUGAAGACCUAUCUACACGGCAGCGAUAUGACUGGUCUCGAUGAGAACGGCGAGGAUCGCACGCCUCCCGACCCUUAUCUGCUCGCAUCGACUGCUAAUACUACGCUCUUAUCGAGGCGUCGCCUGCGGCUCAUCAGCCGGAUGUUCCAGCAAAUGUGCAAUGCCGUUCAAGCCUGCCAUGAUGUCGGUAUCAGCCAUCGCGACAUCAAGCCGGAGAAUUUCAUAGUCACUGACGAUCGCGGGCGCCAUGGCUAUAACGACUCGGCGUACAUCUCGCGCGUCGCCUCACUCGACGGACUUGCUGCUGUCAGCGAGCGACAGGCUUCGCUGGGCAUGGAAUCAGAAGCCAAGGUAGUCGUGAAGAUAACGGACUGGGGUCUCGGUACAAUGGAAGACGAGUGUGGCGACUUUGACUGCGGUAGUAAGCCAUAUAUGGCAUAUGAGUGUCGAAACAACCUACACCCAACGUAUAAGCCAAAGGGCGCAGACGUAUGGUCGUUGGGCAUCGUAUUGCUCAAUCUGCUCUAUCAUCGAUGUCCUUGGCAAGAUCCGACAACCACAGAUCCCGAUUUUGCCGAGUAUCGACAAGAUCCUGUCACCUUCUUCGAAAAUCGGUUCGAGGGCAUCGGCAAAGACGUAGCGCUGUACCUUGCCGACCGUGUCUUCUGCAAUGACGAUCGAGUCUCGGCUGGCGCAUUUGGUCAUUGGGCUACCGGCCUCGUUCGCUUCAUGGGCGAGGGACACCGACAUGCAAGUGCGUCCAAGGCCACCGUUCUUUUGCAGCCAUCUUCAAGCAGGAGCGGUCUUGGUCCAGAGAUCGCCAAUACACGUGGAGGGUCUCCAUCUGUGGACGGCACCACGCGUUCACAGCUCGUGAGCUGGCCCGCUACACCAGACAAAACAGAUCUGCACGCCGCGAAGCUACCCAUUGACGAACGUGCCUCUGCUGGCACAAUAGUAGACAACGAAGAUUCUGCGCAGGUCGCAGACGUAGACGACACAGAAGAUGGAUCAGCAGAGAGGGAUGCAUUGGGCGAGACGAGCGCCAAUCGCGCGCGUCGGCGGAAGCGCGGUGCCCGCAAGUCUCGACAUCGUCUGCAUGCAGAAGUCUCUACAGCCAAUACAGCUUCCCCAGACAGCGGCGCGGGCCGCACCAGUGCCGACGAACGACUCGAUGGUAUGGCUGCCGAGACCGAGGAUCUGGCUCGGCUGGUCAGCAAGACCCAUCGGCCGAAUGGCUCCCAUCGAUCAGCUUCAACUGCUCCUGCUUCGCCAAGCCUCAGUCCUGUUGGUGACCGGACGAAGCGAGGCGGUAAGAUCGGCUUCAUGGAUCGCAUGAAGGGCGCCCUCAUGAACGGCAAUCCCGAUCUACAAGCAUUUGCUCAACGCGUGAAAGAACGCGACGAGGGCAAGGGCGCAUCCGCAGGUAACUGGAGCGCUCCUGCAAAGCUGGGCGGACCUCAGCAUCGAAGCAAUUACAGUCACGAGAGCUCGGCCAUUUCGAGCUUUGGCUCUGUCGCCUCAAGCGAAUCUUGGGCAAGUGGACAGUCUUGGUCAAGCGGAGCAGUCGACGACGAUCGUGGUCGGUCAGGCGGUCAUUGGGCCUCUAGCUCAAACCGUAGAGGCCGCUUGGAACAGAGCUGGCGCACGCAAGAGGUAUCACCUGGCUCGACCAGGUCAUCGUCCGCUGCGCGAUCCAAUCAGACGCCGGCUUCGAGCUUUGGCAGCCAUGCUAGCUCUCUCAGCUCUGCGCCAACAGCCUUCUCGCGUAGUAGCAAGCCGGCCCAACAGCACACGGCUGCGCGCGCCAACAGCGCAUUCAAUGCGCUCGAAGAUGUACGUGAGACUCCAUCGCCAUUGCCAGCUCGCGAUUUGGCUUCAAUCAGUGAGCGGUCUUCAGCUGCUGCCAGCAAGACAGCUGCACCUGCGCCAGCUGCCGCGCUUGAUAAAGCGCCUUCAGACCCUAUCGCCCUGCGGCCUGCGAUCGUAGCAGUCGCAGAUGCGCUGGCGCAAGGCGGAAGCUCACCAGCCAAAUCGACGCAUUCGGCCGCGAGCACACUCAAAGGCCGGCCACCGUCCAUCGACGAUGCGCCAAACUCGCGUAAGGGCUUCGCGAGCAUGCUCAAAAGUAUUGGCGCGUUCAAUCGGACCAUCAACAGCCCCGCAACGCCCAGCAAGUAA